AUUUUUAAUGUGAAUGGCGAAACUCAACAGGAAAUAUUUUAUUCAACUUAACGCACGGAAAAUUAAUCGAUUGACAAACCCGUUUCGACUCAUGGCUGCUACUUACGAUGGUGCUUUAAUAUAUAUAAUAAACAGGGCUAUUAAGUUUAAGUUUACUUUGAAAAUUGCUCAGCUUCGUAAGCAAUUUCAUUUUAGAUUUUUCAAAGAAAUGUAACUCGUUUCGCGUGAAACCCAUAUUCAUGACUAUAUGUGGUGUUUUUGUGAUGUUAUGUAGUUAGUGUUAGUGUACAUCACGAAGUAAUUAUAUGGAAUUGAGUUUUCUAUCCUCAAGAUAAAUCCUGAGUCUUGGCGUCGUGCGAAAUCAAAAGGCGUCCAGCACAUACACACAAACAUACAACAAAAGUACAUGGAGAAAGAAUUGUUGUGACGUGGGAAAAUGAGGACAUUCUUCAUUUCUUGUGCUAUUUUACAACUCCUCGUUUCAGCAGUCAGAACAGGUCCAAUUCAAAUUAAGUGGCUUAAGAAAUCAUGUAAUUCCUGCGACAAAAAGAACAUAACAGAUGAGCCUAUUAUUGAUCAUUUGGAGAGAAACUCGUGCGAGGCUGCCUGCUCUCAAUAUCAAUCUACUUCAAGUUGGGUAUUGACAUUCUAUGACGUGCACAUGGUGAAUAGAAUCGAGCUCAAUUAUGACAAGCAAUGUUGUGUUGGGCAUGGUACACAGAUUUUGGUGAGCGUUGGAGUUGAGUCUGAGUUCAUUAGGCCGGUUGAUUUUGUGGAAGAUGUCGGUUCCAACUAUUCGAUCAACCUUCGUCCAACAAUGGCAAAAUAUUUGCAAAUAACGCGCCUUGGCAAGAAUGGCAGCUUUCUAUGUGAGGUGAAUGCGUUUGGACAUUAUUUAAGGAAAGACAGAGGUUACGAAGAAAAACUGAAGUUUGAAAGGAGUAUAAAUCGGACAAUUGUUUUUUCCAGUCCGGAAAACACAAGUUAUGUGCAGUCGCAAAUUAUUCCAAACCAAUCAUCAGAAUCAAAACUGAGUCAGGAAACUAUGGCAUCUACAUGUGCGAGCGAAGACGAGACACGAAAGCCUCGAGAUGGUGACAUGGACACCUGCAUUUACAACCAAGCGUGGUGGAGAUUGGAUCUUGGAGCGAUCAUUGUGAUUACACGUAUAACUAUACUCGGAAAAGGUGACAACAUCAUCGUGUCCACGGGGAGAAAGUUGGACACGCUGAGGCCUGAAAUCUUUGUGGACCGAAUAGACGGCGAGUUUUCGACUGAGUUGAGGUCAAGCCCGGUUCGGUAUGUGCAGCUCCACACACUGGAGUAUGAGAUGCAUAUCAUGUCCUUGUGUGAGAUAGAGCUUCACGGUGCAGUCGAUGAACAAGCUGCCAUUAUAGGUCACGUAAUAACGGAGCCAUAUACCACCAAGCUUCAAUCUAGCACGGCCAGUCAUGAUAACGAUACUACAAAAGCGGACACCACUCAACUUCUUUUACGAACCGACGAUAGCAAAAAUACAAGCUCGGGCAUUGUUCUGCCGGUGGUUGCAGCUGUACUAUUAAUAGGUGUAGCUAUUUUACUGGUCUAAGAAACUACUAAGAAAACGGAAAUAGAACUUAAGAGUAAAUUCCGUGCGUUACAACGAUAUGAAGACCGGAACUCCAUAACUAUGACCAGAUCAAAGACACCAAGGUCCAAAUUCUCAAACCUCUAACAGCAGAUCAGGCAAACUCUCCGUUAACUCAUUACAUGCAUAACAGUAAUAUUAACGGUACCUUAUUAUCAACCAACUUGCAAUUAUUUUAGAACAAAUAAUUUUAUUAUUAAUUAUUACUGAUUAUAUUUCUUAACAAUCUAAACGGCUGUAAGAUGGAAUGGUCGUCAAAGUGCUUCGAGCAACAACACUCUCUUUGUUUUCUUACGAUAUAACUACAAAUAUUACUUGUAAUGUCAUUAUAUAUUUGAUUUGCAUACGAUCAGCCAUUGAGUCGAUCCACAAUGGACAGUUAGUUUCGCCAUAUUUAAAUGUAUUCUCAGUGUUUCCCGUUUGAAAAAGUUUAUUGGCACGUCGUAUGCAUAUUUUGUCGAAAGAUCUUGUCAUUCAUUUACGUGUAUCUUCGUCGCCUUUUCCCAGUUGUAUGAGGCAUGACUGCAUGUAUGUGUUUUGAAUUGUGUUUAAAGUCUUUUGUAAAUGUAUUUGUACAUUGCUUGUAUAUUUUUAUUUGCAUGUAUUGAUUGUUUUGUGUUGUUUCUCCGUUUGUUAACAAAUUGCGUUUGCUAGACUUAGGAAGAAAAAAACACGUGAAAAUAAAUACUGACUCACUUAAAAUGCAUCAAGUCCAGUUUCAUACAUAUGAUAACAGCUGAUAUAUUGUGUGAUAUUAAAAGGGUUUUCGUAUCGCCAAUUGGCCAUCUUUGAUUGCAGAUUAGUAAGGUUGAAACCAAAUCCGUAAUAAAGCUAGUGUGAACAAGUGCAUGACGACACUGGCGGAAAUGUAUGUCUGUUGUAAAUUUUUAUACAAAAUGUUCACUGGCAUAAACUGGGAGAACCGCAGUGAAUAUACUUUGUCUCAAGAUUUUUUCAUUCUUUGACAGCUAUUUUCGUCUAUGUUAAACAGAUUGUGGAGUUCUUUCAUUGUGUUUUUGUCUGUACUUUUUGUUGCAUUUUUGCAUUUAUUUGUUUUGUAUUAUGUUUGAUAUCCUUUGUAAAAGGAGUUGUAUAUUGUUUUUUUUUUAUGUAUUUUCAUUUUUAUGUAUUGAUUUUUUUUAUUUUUAAAUAUUUAUUUUUGCUAAACAUUUGAAGAAAAUAGAAAGAACAAACAAUACUGACUCAUUUCAUAUACACUAAUCACACUUUCAUUCAUAGGAUAACAUCUUACAUAUUGUGUUACAUUGUAAGAAUUUUUAAAUCGCCAAUUCGACAAUUUUGUUUGUACCGCCAGAUUACUUAGAUUUUGUAAACUUUGGUUAAUUGCGGUUUGCGUCUAUAUUGAACUGCUGUAUUAAUGUAAUAGUGCUAGAACUCAUGUACGUGCUUUUGUAAUUAACAUUGUUAUAGAACCAAUAUGAAUUUUAUUUUAAACAUUAAUUACACUUGCGGAUUUGUUCGUAUGUUGUGCAUUACUAAUAGAAUGUAAGUAAUACAUGUUAAACGAUAUUUAAUAUGGGUAAGUAUAAUUAUGUUUAAAGUUUAAAGCACACACUUUCCGUCAGAACGGUAUUUUAUGACAUUAGAUAUGAUUCUAAAUUGCAACAGACAAUUUCCUGUAAUAUUGUGUUCUACUUACCGGUUUUAUUCCCCAAACACUUGACUUAAUUUUCAAAAGUUAAACGAUUUUUGUCAAAGUAAUAUUAAUUACUAUGCCUUAUCGUCUUAAAAGACAAUUUAACAAUACCACUUAAUACAUUUGUAUUAAAGAGUUGUAUUUCUUUGUAUAUAUAAAAAAUAGAUGAUUUAUAAUAUUA